UUUUCUCCCUCUCUCUCUCUCUCUCUCUGCCGUGCGUCACGCCGUCGCCGGGCGCCAUGUUGUCGAGGUGUUUUGUUCAGUCAUUGUGUAAUGGAGAGAAACCCGGGGGUCGGAUCCGCACAGAAAAGCACCGAGAAAAUACCAAAACGCUUAAACAGUACCAACAGAGCCAGUUUAUUUCCUAUCUCUAGAGUCAGUGAGAGCCUAAUUGCUGUGCCCGGUGGUAAAUUUAAAAGCAUUUAGAGAAAGACAAAGCGAGAGAAAAUGUCUCUCGAAAGCCUCAGCCUCACCUCCUCCAACAAGCAGUCCCCCCAAAACGAACACAACAUCAACCUUACUGAGUCAGGAGACGAAAGAGAAGAAGGAGAACUGGAGGAAGGAGAAUUGCAAGAUGAUGGUGAGGAAGUGGAGGUUCAGGAGGAAUCUCAAGAGAAAAUCAAGAAGGAAAAAUCGGAAAAACAAGAACGGGAUCAUGAAGAUGACGAGAAAGAUAAGGACAAAAGUCAUCGUAGGUUGAAGAGAAAAAGGAAGAAAGAAAGAGAAAAGGAAAAGAAACGAGCAAAAAAGAAGAGAAAAUCAAAGCAUAAGCGGCAUGUGUCUUCUAGUGAUGAUUAUUCCGAUUAUAGUGAUGAUUCUGACUACAGUCCUGGAGAGAAGGGAUACCGGAAAUAUCGAGAAUACAGUCCACCAUUUUUGCAGCCAUCUUUCCCCCCAUCUUCAGGGGCUCCUUUGUCAAAGAAGACAUAUAUAAAGCCAGAAAAUAUGAACUACAAUAUGUAUGAGGAGUAUGAAGAUGAUCAGUAUGUCGACUAUGAGGGGGUGGAGGAGGAGGAGGAAGUAGCAGAUGAGGAGGAUGAAGAAUAUGAUGAUUUUGCCAAAGAAUUAAGCAAGUACAGGAAAGCUAAAGAAGCUUCUCAGCAGCAGCAGCAGCAACAACAACAAGAGCACCACCAGCAACAACAACAGCAGCAGCAACAGCAGCAACAACAACAGCAGCAGCAGCAGCACAGCAGCAACAGCAGCAACAACAACAACAGCAGCAGCAGCAGCAGCAGCAGCAGCAACAACCCCACAUGCCAAUGGGACACCGGGGGUGUGGAACAUCAGGUCCUGGCAGAGGUGGCAGCAGAGGUCGCGGCAUCCGAGGAAGAGGCGGCCGAGGAAGGGCCAGAGGACGGGGUGGAAGAGGAGGCAGAGGGGGAGUUCAUGGUCAGGGCCAUGAACCUCCAGAGCAUGGACCUCAAGAGCAUGGACCUGGGCCAGGACAUGGGCCACCAGGGCAUGGACCAGGGCCAGGACAUGGUCCACCAGGUCAUGGGCAUGGACCACCAGAACAUGGACCUCCUCAAGGCCAUGGACCCGGGCCAGCAUGGACCCCCUCCAUGUCACAGUUCUGGACCAGGGCAAGGGCAUCCAGGUCAUGGUCAUGGUCAGGGUUCAGGACACAGGCCUAAUCCAGGUCACGGGCCACCAGGCCAUGGGCAUGGACCAGGAUAUGGCCCUCCUUGUCAUGGGCCGGGGCCAUUACACGGACCACCAGGACAUGGGCACAUGAUGGAUCCUGGAGAUGAUUGUGACCAUGAUUUUUACGAUGAAGAUAUGCCGUGUCGUGAUGAUCGAAUGCAUAUGAGGAACAUGCAUGAUCAUGGACAUCAGCCUUGCGGAGAUAAGAAAGGAAAAGUACUUUGCAAGUUCUUUGUGGAGGGUAGAUGUUCAAAGGGGGAUCAAUGCAACUUCAGUCAUGAUUUGGGACCACCAAGAAAGCGAGAGCUCUGCAGAUUUUACUACAAUGGAUUUUGCGCUAAAGCAGAAAAUUGUUUGUACAUGCACAAUGAAUUUCCUUGUAAAUUCUAUCAUACGACUGGCAAUUGUUACCAGGGAGAUGAUUGCAAGUUUUCCCAUAGACAUCUAACCGAUGAAACCCGAGAGCUACUGGAUAAGAUGUUAGCCAGUGAGGCGGAAGCUGGUGCAGAAGAUGAAAAGGAAGUGGAAGAACUAAAGAAACAAGGAAUCACGCCCUUACCGAAACCCCCACCCGGAGUGGGGUUAUUGCCUACACCUCCUCGACCUCCAAUGCCACCUUCAAAUCUCCCUAAUAAUGCUCCUCGACCUCCAAUGAUGGGACCAAUGCCUCCAGGUCCUCCACCUGGUCCCCCACCACCAGGUCCUCCACCUCCAGGCCCACCACCACCUGGUCCUCCAUGUUUACCUGGUCAAAAGAAGAUCCCCUCUCUCUUUGAGAUUGUUGUUCAGCCCACCCCACACCUAGCGCAUAAAAUGGGAAUGAAUAGGGGAAGUGUUGGGGGUGGACCAGGUCCCAUGCCAGGCCCUGGUCCAGAAGAGAUCCCAGGAGGGCCUGGAAUGAACCCAGGACCACAAGCAGGACCAGGCCCACCAGUACCACCAUUCAUGCAAGGAGAUCCAGGAAUGAUGCCGCCUAUUCCAUCUGCACCCAAUUUCUAUGACGGUUAUUAUCAACAGCAGGGAAUGCCGAUGGACCCUGGUCCAAAUGGAGAAGAAGGGAAUAAUGAAGAGCUGGAUGAAGGAGAUAACCAGCAAGUUCUGCUACAACAGAUUGAUGAGCUGGAGGCCGAGGAGAAUGAAGGUGCCCCUUCUGGUCAGAAGACAGCAGCAAACAUCCCUGACUUCCUUCCUGCAGCCCAGCGAGCUCUCUUCUUGCGCAUUCAGCAAAAGCAACAGGAGGAGGAGGAGAAGGCAAAGAGGAGGGCGGACAGCAGUCAGCAGGAAAAGGACAAUGAGGAGGGUGGUGAUAAUUGGUACUCGAGUGAUGAAGAGGAAGGUGGAAGUAGUAUGAGCUACAUAUUAAAAACACUCCGUCAGCAGUCUGCUAAAAAACCACAGGCGCAAGGACAAUGGACGGCACAAAACAAGAAUGGUAGCAGUCAGAGUUCUGCUGAUCCACGCCUAAAAAAGGAGAGGACGCAGAAUGCAAAUCGACCAGUGGACCCUCGGAUCUCACGGGACCCCAGGCUAUCUCGAAGCACAGAGAACACCUUGGGGAGCUCUGGAUCUGAGACAGCUGCUGCAGAAAGCAGAACGAUAACUAUACCUAAAGCAGAAGCUGGUCUUUCAACUCUCCCCAGCAGUGCAAAAUCUCAAGCGGUUAUCAAUGAGGAAGAAGGAGAGAGGAUCCUGAGGGAAAAGGUAGUGACUAUUCCUCUUGAUCCCCUGCCUGGUUCCUCACUCCGAGAUCCCAGAUCUCAGCUUAAACAGUUUAGCCACAUUAAAAUGGACAUCUCUCUUGGAAAGCCUCAUUUUGCUAAAAGUAUCUUGUGGAGCCCAGAGGAUUUGAUCCCACUACCCAUCCCGAAGCCAGAUCCGGUUGCUGUCCCUGCACCCUUCCCUGCAUUGGACCCCAGACUGAACCGUUCACCACAAGCUGCGCCUUCAGAUCCCAGGCAGCGCGUUACUGACUCUGCAGCAGAGCCCCCACAGCCAGCACCAAUCUCUGCCCUUCCAGAUAUUGGAUUGCUUUCAAGAAUACUGAAGACUGUUGACGCGUCAGCAAUUAAGGUGACUGGGCAAAAUGACAAGCCUUCUGAUCCCAGGAUGCGAAAGCUACCUGCAGAUCCCAGACUGCAGAGGUCCACUGGUGGACUCCAAACCUCCAACCCCCAAUCAGUAAAGCCCUCAGAGCAAAUUGACCCCCCGGCUGCCCCUGCCUUGAAGGAUGUGGGUGGUGGUCUUGCACCGUAUGAUCCCAGGGUGGUUACCGCUGGUGGCCAGAGCAGAGGAGGAGGUGGAGGGCAGAGCACGAUGCUUAGUGGCAUCAGUUUAUAUGAUCCAAGAACUCCAAGCAACCACAGUGGAAAUGUUAAAAAUACAGAGUCUUCCAGUGAAGGUAACAACGUUCAGCUUAAAGGGUCGGAUGUCCCAAAAGGUACAACCAGACAAAAAGAACCGCUGUUUGUACGAAAAUCGACUUUGGAACAACUGGAAAAUGAGAAAUCAAGUUCAGACACUCCCGCAGACCGAUAUAAUAGUUACAACAGACCAAGGCCAAAGCCUGCCGCCGCUUCUGCUGCCUCCACACCAGAGACGGGUCAAACGGGAGUACACAGCCUCCCAGUGCCCUCUCUGUUUGGAUUGGUUCACCCACAGUUCUCUGAGGUGAAACAGGCCAGUAAAUCUGGCUCAGGCAGCCCUUUUGGUGGGAACAGUCCUCUGGAGGAGAGUGAGCAAGAUGCAACCUCGUUGAAGGAAGUUUUUAAAGGGUUCGAUCCCACUGCGUCACCCUUUUGUCAGUAAAGGACAUUGAAUGCUGCAUUAACCUUGUAUAUUUAACCGCGCAGCAGGGGCUGGACGCAGUGUUGGGCAACAUUUUAUCAUAUUCUUUAACUUUGUAAUUUAAUACAGUAAUAAAUGUGAAUAUGCUUAGAAGCCAGGUGAUCAAAAUUGCCAAACCAAACUUUAGUUUAGCGGAGACCAUUAUCUGAAUCCAAUGUGAUUCCAGCAGUUAUUGGCUCUUAUGCAUUCUGUCUAAACAACGAGUUGGUCUGUCUGAUGAAAGUGGCAUGUGCAAAGAGCUUGUCUGUGACAAGAUACGGAGUUCCUACUAAUGCUGGAAAAUUCACAAAGGCAUGAAUUUUUCUUUGGCAGGACACAGCCUUUUGGAAAUGUUCAUAUUAAUUAUAUGUAGAAGUGUGUAAUUGAUCUUGAAAGUGGAUGUAAUACGAUAUGGUGUGUUUGUUGUAGUGACAUAAUGAAUUAGCUAAGUAUCUUGUUCUGUGGAUUCCUGAAUUUACUCUUUCCUACGAGAUUAUUCAGAUGGAGAGGGCUGAGGCUGGGUUAUAUUGUGUAACCUCUAUAUUACCAGACUUCCCCAUUGUGAGGCAGGUGGCCAUUAAACAUGACAUGUGUAAGGGUAUAAAACUUCCUAGAUUUAACCAAAAACCAUGCUAGAAAUGUUGAAUGUUGUGAACAUGUAUUUUAAAAAUACACACAUUUGUACAUACGCCACACUCUUGACAGACUAAGGGACCGAGAAUCUUUUUCAUUUUAAAAAAUGUUUAGAAAAAAAGCACCUCCUGUUACCUGCUUGCUGGAAACUACUAUGAACAAGCCACUGUUUUUCAUUCCGAGAACAUGCCCAAUCUGGACAUGUAUGUCUUCCAACUCGCCAUGGUUUUCUUAACUUAAGAAUUCCACUAUCCAUGAUAUAGUCCCAAAUAUCUUUAUAUUGAAGAAUUUCUUCUGUGGAGAAAUCGUACACAAGGUGCUGUUUUGUUUACUUUUGUUUUAAUAUCUUUACCUGGUGAAUGUGUACAAAAAGCAAAGAAAAAGUCAAGCUUUCAUAAUUCUAGGUCUGUUUGUACCUGCGGUUUUGGCACUAAAGAAUCAGAGACUGAUGGAUUAGUGUAGAAUAAUCUGUUUGAUGAAAAUAAAAUGCUUUUUUUCUGUCAUAAGGCUGCCACAUUUCCUGAAAAUCAGGUCGGAUGCACAGUGACAAUUGUUUAUGUAUAAUCCUGGUAUAUUUGUAGGGAUCGCAGUUUAAGUUAAAAAUGUAACAUUUUUCCAUUAACACAACUAAAUUCAGUGAAAGAGAUAGAAUAUUUUUGUAUAUUUUCAGUAGGCGCUUAUGUGUAUGGAUUGUAAUGGUACUGAUGGACAGUGCUUUACCCUAAAUGUUGUGUAGGAAUGAACUGCAGAUGCUGGUUUAAACUGAAGAUAGACACAAAAUGCUGGAGUAACUCAGCGGGACAGGCAGCAUCUCUGGAGAGAAGGAAUGGGUCAAGACUGAAGAAUU